ACACACACACACACACACGCACACACACGCACACGCACACGCACGCACGCACUCGCCCUGCUCUCCUCCGGCAGCCUAUGCCUGUGCGUCUUCUCACAUCUUUGCAUUAUUAUUCCCCUACGUAUCGCUUCGCAGUAAUGUUCCGUUACACGGUCGCAGGCUGGUAGCAUCUUGGGAGCUCUUCUCAACAGGAACCUGCACUGGAGAAGAUAAACCAGGAUGGUAGCACACUGUUCGUAACCAGCUCCAGUUCGACAAAGGCCACUGUACCUCGCUCUCUUCUCCUGAACAUUGACAACUAUUCCUCAGCCAUGGCUAACAUAAACAAUGCGCUUUGCAUUGAAAACGGACAGAAUGCAGAUGUGUCUCUGUUACAAAAGGAUAAUCUUCAGGAUGGUGGAUUAAGCCAGCUUUUGGAUUAUAACGCAGAAAUGGAAAGGUACAGGUCUUUUGCAAACUUUUAUAAAACCAAUGGGGCAUUUCCACAGAAGAUUGCCCGCAUCACGACGCCCAUUUUCCCCAGUGCUAGAAUUGGCAUGUCCCCUUGGAACUGCGAUAACGCCAUGCUCUGGGGAAGGAAAUCAGCGGCAAUAAACCCUAAUAGGACCAGCAUGCAUAGAAAUGACUCCCAGAGGCCGGGGAAGCCUGGCGUGCCGCCAGAGACGCUGCAAAUGGCAAAUAAUAAUUUCCUCUCUACCUUAUCCCCCGAACACUGCAGACCUUUAGCAGGAGAAUGCAUGAACAAGCUGAAAUGCGGCGCUGCUGAAGCAGAGAUAAUGAAUCUCCCAGAACGCGUUGGAACUUUUUCCGCUAUCCCGGCUUUAGGGGGCAUCUCAUUACCUCCCGGGGUCAUCGUCAUGACAGCCCUUCACUCCCCCGCAGCCUCAGCAGCCGUUACAGACAGUGCGUUUCAAAUUGCCAAUCUGGCAGACUGCCCACAGAAUAAUUCCUCGGUAUCCAGUGGAAACCCAGCGAAGAAGAAAAGGAAAAGGUGUGGGGUCUGUGCACCCUGCAGGCGGCUAAUCAACUGUGGUGUCUGCAGCAGUUGUCGGAACCGCAAAACGGGCCACCAGAUCUGCAAAUUUAGGAAAUGUGAGGAGCUAAAGAAGAAGCCAGGCUCGUCGCUGGAGAGGACACCGGUCAACAAUGGUGAAGCUUUUCGGUGGUUCUUUUAGAGAGGCGAGCCAUGGCUGCCCCAUCCAGCCGCAGGAGGACAGGUGGGACUCUUGACUCUCUGCCAGGAGCACUUAAUGGGUUCACAGGACCCAACGCGCCCAACACAUUUGAGGAGGACGAGAGAAGAAUAGUGGACAGACAAAAAGAUAAAUGGAAACAUAAUGGUGUUGUUUUAACUCUGUAAUUUCCUUUUCUGUGUAAUUAUUGUACCUUUUGACAGUAUCAUAAUGUAUAUUUUUGGUGUCUAUGAAUGUGUUUUCAGUGUGGCUGUAAGUUUACAGCCAAUCCUAUGUAAAGGACUCAAACAGACAAUCAUACUGAUUCCGUCAAACCGAAGAGGCCACAAGGAUUGAUGAUGUAACAAACACAACACACUUUACUCUGGAGCAAUAAUCUAUUCUGCUGAUUAUUCUUCAACCUUUCAUUUCUGUUGACUCUUGAAUUAUUUUAUCAAGCUGAAUCAUCUUCUAGUUUUGUCUUUUGUUUCAUUUGAAAAAACAUAUUUUUGAAAUGCCACGCUAAUGUUAAGACCGUCGCUGGCAGUGUGAUGUGUCUUGUUAAGAACGAUGACGUGAAGGACGGCAGCAGGGCUUCUGUGACGGACUUGUUGACGCGUUUUCUCAUUUGAUUGGACUCACUGCAGAACAGGGCACAUUGUCUUGUGUGGUGAGUUUCACUUCUUUAAAAUCCGAUUGGCUGUCAUUUGAUUGUGACAGCAGCAGACGUGUACGAGUCAGACUGCUGUCUGGAGGUCAUAUUUUCAAAGAUGAUCUCAAAGUACAUGUUUUCAACAAAACUACGUAUGUCUUCAAACCUUUUUUUUUUUUCUUUCACUAAAGGUUGUAUCUGUCUAAAAGG